UUGCAGCGGCCUCCCCCGCGCCCCCAGCCGGGCUCCCCCUGCCCGGGAACAGGACUCACCUGCUGCCUGCGGAGCCAGCCUGACAGGAGCCACUAGAUGCAGGGAGCCUUGUCUUGGAGCCUGUUGGUUCAAGGGCUCUUCCAAGGGCGCCGGAGCCGGGAAAAGCGCACUAUGACCGGGACGAGGCUGCUGCUCACCGUCGCUCUCCUCUGCAGCUGCACCCAGCUCCUGGCGGACGCGAAUUCCUGGUGGUCUUUGGCGAUGAACCCAAUUCAGAGACCUGAGAUGUACAUUAUAGGAGCCCAGCCUGUGUGCAGCCAACUCCCCGGCCUCUCCCCAGGCCAGAGGAAGCUCUGCCAGCUCUACCAGGAACACAUGGUGUACAUCGGAGAAGGAGCCAAAAACGCCAUCAAGGAGUGCCAGUACCAGUUCCGGCAGAGGAGGUGGAACUGCAGCACGGUGGACAAUACCUCUGUCUUUGGCAGAGUAAUGAAAAUAGGUAGUCGAGAGACCGCCUUCACCUAUGCUGUUAGUGCCGCUGGGGUGGUGAAUGCCAUCAGCCGUGCAUGCCGCGAAGGAGAGCUUUCCACCUGUGGCUGCAGCCGGACAGCCCGUCCCAAGGACUUGCCCCGAGACUGGCUAUGGGGUGGCUGCGGGGAUAAUGUGGAGUAUGGCUACCGUUUCGCCAAGGAGUUUGUGGAUGCCAGGGAGAGGGAGAAGAACUACGCAAAGGGGUCGGAGGAGCAGGCUCGCACACUCAUGAACUUGCAGAACAAUGAGGCUGGUCGCAGGGCUGUAUACAAGCUGGCAGAUGUGGCUUGCAAGUGCCAUGGCGUCUCAGGUUCCUGCAGCCUCAAGACCUGCUGGUUGCAGCUGGCAGACUUCCGCAAGGUGGGUGACCUGCUGAAGGAGAAGUAUGACAGUGCAGCUGCUAUGAGAAUCAGUCGCAAGGGCAAGCUGGAGCUGGUAAACAACCGCUUCAACUCACCUACGCAGGAGGACCUGGUCUACAUUGACCCCAGCCCUGACUAUUGCCUGCGCAAUGAGACCACUGGCUCACUGGGCACUCAGGGCCGGCUGUGUAACAAGACCUCAGAGGGCAUGGAUGGCUGUGAGCUGAUGUGCUGUGGCCGGGGCUAUGACCAAUUCAAGAGCAUCCAGGUGGAGCGCUGUCACUGCAAGUUCCACUGGUGCUGCUUUGUCAAGUGUAAAAAGUGCACAGAGAUCGUCGACCAGUAUGUCUGUAAAUGAAAGAGCCACCAA